AUGAAAUACCUGUCAAAAUUAUCAACAUGCUGCAGAAAAGCAAACAACAACGGCUUCCUGAUCGGAAUGAUCCUAGGAUUGAUAAUAAGCCUGCUGUUCUACCAAAUGUCAAGCAUCAGCAACCUAGACACCUCCAGCUCAGAAAGUAAGGCCCCCUGGUCAUACCUGUCACUGUCGCACGAGAACUCAAACACCGACUACGAGCUAACUAAUCAGAUAAACCGAGUGUCUUCUUCCGACCAGGUAGACGAGUACGCUCCCAAAUUAAAGAACCCUUCAUCAUUGCACAUCCAGGAUUCAAAGCAGCCGUGGAGGUUCACGCGACCCAGGUACUACUUUACUGAACUAGGAAUCCGAGAGAAGCUUUUUCUAGGAGUUCUGACCGACCCAGAGCACCUCCACAGCCGCGGAGUAACUUUUAAUAAAACCGUCGGGCAGUUUAUUGAGAAAAUCAGGUACUUUAUCACGAUUAGCGGCUCUGAAAAUGGCAACAAGAAGCCCAAUGUCUCUUUAUCGGGGAUUGUUGGGUUCACUGACACCAGAAAGAUCCUCAAACCUUUCCACGUGGUUAAAUAUAUUAUUGACAAUUAUUUAGAAGAGUAUGAUUACUAUUAUAUUGUUAAAGACACUUCUUAUGUCAAUGCUAGGCAGCUGAUGAAUCUCGUAGAGAGUUUUAGUGUUGGAAUUAAUAAAGAUAUUUACCUGGGUGUUCCAAUUUCGGAGAAGACUCUUGAAAGUUCUAAUUACAUCAGCGACAAUUUGAUUAAUUUCUGUUCUUUAGAUGCUGGGAUUAUUAUCAGCAAUUCAAUUAUGAGACAGCUGAAAAAGAACUUGGACUGGUGUGUUAAGAAUACUUUUUUGUACUCUAGUUCUGAUGAUGAUGUUAAUUUUGGACGGUGUCUUUAUUAUACUACCAAGACACCUUGCAACAAUAAACUCUUUAGGAGCAAUCAGGUUUUUUUGUCCAAGAAAAUUCCAGCUGAAAUUAAUCUGACCAACUUGACUUCUUAUUUUUUGGAUGAUUUGGUGUCUGUCUAUCCAAUCUUGGACCCCAAGGUUAUUUAUAAAUUACACGCUUAUGCAGCAGCUAGAGAAUUGAAGCGGAUUGAAGAUGAAAUUAUUAAAUUAAGGAAUGAAAUUUCUAGCUCGGCUCACUUGAGUCCGACUAAUAAGACAACCUCAUCCUGGCCAGUGGGAAUCAGUCCUGGGAAUAAAGCUCCAGGAAGGUUUGAUAUCCUCCGCUGGAAUUUUUUUAAUGAAACUCAUAUAUUUAUGGAGACAGACUUUGAUAAUGUGACUCCGCUGGUGGGCAGCAAAAAACUGGAGGUUGAUUUUAUACUGAAGACUGCUAAAAAGUUGAUAAAGGAGAAGUAUGAUGGGAAAUUUAAGUAUGAGAAAUUAGUGAAUGGGUAUAUGAAGUUUGACGCUUCAAGAGGCAUGGAUUAUAUUUUAGACUUGAGGUUUGAGGAUGGAAAUAAUAAAGUUGUGAAAAGGGUUGAGCUGUGCAAACCUUUGGGGAAAGUUGAGCUACUCCCGGUGCCUUAUGUCACUGAAAAUACUAGGGUUAAUUUGAUUUUGAUUGUUGAUAAGGAUAAUGUUGAAGAAGCUAUCAAGUUUAUGGAAAAUUAUGGGGCUGUAUUUUUAUACACUGAUUCAACAAAAGUGAAUGACAUUUACGCCAAGGUGAAGACUCAGGUGGUAAAUCUGACGGAAAAAUACAAUAAAAGCAAGGAUUUAUCAAAAAUAAUUUGGCUAUCAAUCCAACUGCCUGAAGUUGAAGAUCCAAGAGUGAACAUUGCAAUCACUGAUUUAAUCAUAAAGAAAUUUUCACCUGAAAGUCUUAUUUUAUUCGUUCAAACUCAAAUGGAAUUGACUACAGAUUAUUUAAACAGAAUACGAAUGAAUACAAUCAACCAAUGGCAAGUAUUCAGUCCAAUUCCUUUCGUAGAGUACAAUCCAAACUUGUACCAGACUGACCAGAAGAGCAACUUCGACUUGAACCACAAUCACGGUUAUUACGAUAAAUUAAACUACCAAAGUAUUUCAUUUUACGUAAAAGACUACCGGUCAGCGCGUCGAGCCAGUGAAAAAAUAUUCCCGGUGAUUCACAGCGACCGGGAAAUAAAACAACUGCCAACAUCGACAUCGUCUGGAAAAGACCUAAACUCGGUGUUUAAAUUGUUCGUUUUGUUCAGCGACUUGCAUGUCUUUCGCGCAAUAGAGCCUGCGUUGAAACUCCGCUACAGUGACAAAAAUAAUUGCAAAAGCUUGCUUGGACACCGCGGACAACUCGCGAGACUGAUUGACGAGUACCAAAAACAAGUCAGAUAA